GUACGUUUAUUGGAAUACAUGAAUGAAAAAAUUAAAGUGAGAGAAGAAACUGAAACAGAGAACUGAACAGAAGGGCCUGCCUAUAUAAAAUCCAAGAAGUCCAACAAAUAAGGCAGAACCUCUAAGGAAACAGCAAAACACUGAGAACGGGCUGAACUGCUGACACGAAGAUGGGAAAAAAAAAACGACAAAAAAAAAGACACAUGAGGAAGGACUCUUACAAAAUAAAACAGGAAAUGACUUAUUAUAAUUUCUUUCUUCUUAUAGAUAAAUCCUGUUUUGACUCACUGUUCAACCACGAGGACAUGCAUGAAAUCACCAGACAUUUGCCUGUUUGUCACGUGGAAGCCCCGGGACAACAUGAAGGAGCCAAAACUCUGCCUACUGCGUUUGCCUACCCUUCCAUGGACCAGCUCUCUGAAGCACUGCCCGCUGUCCUCAAACACUUUGGGUUGCGUACUGUGAUUGGACUGGGAGUUGGAGCAGGAGCCUACAUCCUGGCUAGAUUCGCUCUGAAUCACCCUGAACUGGUGGACGGAUUGGUUUUGAUCAACAUCAAUCCCUGCGCUGAAGGAAUAAUAGAUAGUGUUGCAAACAAGAUUACUGAAUGGACCCACACUCUACCGGACACAAUCAUCACACACUUGUUUGGAAAGGAUGAGAUCCAGACCAACCAUGACCUCAUAGCUACGUACCGUCACCACAUCACAGCAACGAUGAACCAGUCCAACGUCAGUCAGUUUUUCCGCUCCUACAACAACCGCACUGUUCUGGAGGUGGAGAGGCCUGUUCCUGGAGGAACCAUCAAUGCCAGGACCCUCAAGUGCUCCACUCUGCUGGUUGUAGGAGAUAAUUCCCCAGCUGUGGAGGCUGUGGUCGAAUGCAACUCUAAACUCAACCCCACAAAGACCACACUGCUCAAGAUGGCGGACUGUGGAGGACUUCCUCAGGUGGAUCAGCCAGCCAAAGUGAUUGAAGCCCUCAAAUAUUUUAUCCAAGGCAUGGGAUACUUGUCCAGUUCCAGCAUGACCAGACUUCGCUCACGGACAACCUCCAGCUCCAGCAUCUCGUCCUUCGAUGGCUCUCGGAACCGCGCACACACCAACGAGUUGCAGCGCGGCCGAGCGCACUCGCACGGCACAGAGGAGAAGCGUGGGCGCUCGCACACUGAUGUCACUAUGGAGAGUAUUUCCAGCAGUAAAAUGGACCAGCUCACCUCAAAGUCCACUCAGGUGGCAUGCUAGAGUGCACUCUGCCCUAAAUCCCAUGCACUUAAAUCAAAUCAUACCUCAUUAUAUCCACCCAGAUAGCUUCCCUCCUCUUUAACUUUCUGUCUCUUUCAUUCAUCAGUCUGCCAUGCCCUUUCAUCUGCACUAUGUCUAGCUGAUCCAGGUCAUACAUCCAUGUGACUUUGCUCUAUCCUUCUGUAUCCUCUCUAACUCUCCUUAUUCUUUCAUCAAUUUAACAAUCCUUGUGUGUGUCUUCUCCUUGGCAUUCUUCAUAGUCUCUUCAUCCAACUGCUCUUUGUUUCCUCACCUCUCUGUACCCUGCCCUGAACUGUUACUGUAUGUCUCUACCUCUGUAUCCGUCUUUACUAUGUGUUUUUUCUCCCUGUCCAUGUCUCUUACUACUUUCUUUUGUUUUCUUCUCCCUUUCUCCCAUCUGAUAUUCUCUGAUAUUUAUCAUAAUAUACAUUUCAAGAGCACUUAAGCUAUUAUGUGUUUAUGUAAAACUCAGGUAUGUACUCAUGUAUAAUUGUAUAAUGUAUAAGGUAUGAUUAAGAUGUAAAGAUAAAGUAUUUCAAAGUGUAAAAAUGGAAUGUUCAUGACUGUAGGAAUGUGAAUUGAUCAUGUGCAACUGUGGCAGCUGCAUGCUAUUAACUGCAGGAAUGUGUUAUGACAUACAUUUUAGUUUGCAAAAUAUUUUCAACUUUGGGAAUUCUUUAAUUAGAUCAUUAAAACAGAUGAUUACGUGUAAGUAUAUCUUGUACAUUCAGUGAUAAACAUUUUACUGUAAAUAAUCUACGUAUAAAUAAAAAUACAUAUGUAAAAAAGAAAAAAAUGUUUGGACAUCAAACACAUCUGGGGUUGUGGAAAAGUGAACUUACCAGACCUCUGUAGCACUCUCCUGAUCUCUGCUUGGGGCUAGUAGCUCGAGACUACAUUAGCAACUGUCAUACAACAUCAACUUGCAUUGUGGGUAGUUUAAACAUUACAGUGAUAACAUAGAUAAAGUAGACAGAAAAAAAAAAAAGUAGUAGAAAAAAAUUCUCCACAUAAAGUAAUCCCCAAAUUACCAUUAAUAUCAAACUAAAAUACUGUAUUUAACUCUCACUUAUCACUGUACAUUAAUAAGAAUGACACAAUCAUCAGAGGUGAACCAGUUAAAAGUAGUUUCUUAAAUUUGUAUCCUUUUUUGCAUGUCCAGUCGGCCCCUGAUUCUGAGAUCUGCCUACUAAAAGCAAGGCGUCAAAAAGCUGGUAUCUUCACAAAUGAAGAAGAAGUCUCAACAUUUAUUUGUUAACUAUUUAGACUUAAAACAAGUGUUCCACAUUCACAAAUAAUUUAAUUGUUGUGGGUCAGACGUAAAGUGACUCCGCGCUGGCUACUCUACCUGUUGUACUUUAUAUAGCUAGUAGCCUGUAAAUUGUGAUAUGUAGUCCAAUUUAAAGCACUGGUAAUCCGGAUUUGGUAACCUUGAAAAGUUUGGAUCUGGAUCAGGGUGAUCCAAUCCAAUGUUGCUUUGAAAAAACGUCACAAAGGUAAGAGGGAUUACUUGAUCCUGCAUAGCAGAACAAGGGAUUUCCAAAGUCGGAUCAUUCUGAUCCAGGUUAAACGUUUUGAACAACUGGGCUGAGGUUUUGACAAGAAGAAUGAGCGGAAUAAUUAUUAUGAUAUGUUGUUCUGUCCCUUUCUUAAAAACUAUUUGUUCGUUUUUUUGGUAAUUGUAUGUGCAAUGCUUGUGUGCAGUGCUUGGUGGAGUACUGUUUUAAGUGACAAAGAAGAUAUUUGCGAUUAAAGUGCCUAGAUAUAGGUCUUAUAGAUAGACAGAGUUUCUUCAAGAGCGGCAUCCCAAACAUGCAAACUUUUAGUGCUUUGUUUUCAAAGAAAAGGGUAAUCUAAUUGUUGUAACAUCAAUCUUCACAUUUGUCAUGCCAAAGGUCAGUAUUGUCCAUCAACAUUGUUUUUGUCUCUUUCUGUGAUUCAAUUCACCACUUGCCAAUUAUUGCUGCUACAAUGAGAAAACCACCAGACUAUUUGCUUGCCAUCACAACUGAUGAUAUGUGUAUGUUCUCAACCGCAUUGUAUUAAAUCCUAAAUACCAUUUUGUUAAGUAAUUUUGAAAUAGGCUGACUUAAUCUGUGUUGACAAACCAUAAUGUACCUCUCCAAUCUGUCCACUAGAUGGAGGUCUAUAACCUCUCUUAAUAGUCAGGUUAUGUAGUCAAGGCACCACUGUGCUCAAUCCGUAAUGUUUGUACAGAUUGUUGUGACUACUAAAUUCAAAUCACAUAGAAAUCCAAUUUGUGCCCAGCUCAGUUUUUAAUAUCACUCACCCUGCACAGCAUUAUGGAUCUUUUUAAUAUCUCUUUAUGUUUCAUAUUUAGCCGUGUCCUUUCCCAGAGGACUGGAUCAAAGCUCUUUGUAUAAUAGUUUGUUUCAAAUCCUUGUUUUUUUACAUCCUUGCUCAUGGACCUUGACGAGCACACUCGUUUACAUUUUUUUAGUUUUGUUUGAAAUUAUUAAUCCUGUUUAAGAUAUGUUUCAUUGUUUGAAACAGAUCUAAUGUGGCAUUAACAGGUUAAGAGAGAGUAAAACAAAAAAUGUGUAAGUCUUCAGCAAAUAAAAGUGGGAGUGUUGGGAAAAAAUCUAAGUGCUUGAAAACAGGAAUCCCUCCAAAUGACUUCAAUACUAUAAACAUGCCUCCCCUUUUAAAAUCUGGCAACUGAUUUCAAAUUAUUAUGAUUUGCCUGAGCCUCUAUUUGUUUCAAGAAUUUUCAGACUUUAGCACAAAAUAGUUAGACAUAUUUAUUACAUAUAUUUUCUCCUGCAAAACAGGUCUUUGACCACAACAUUAAUCUCUGUGGGGUUUUACUGCAUGCAGUUUAGACUGUAAGGGGACCUGUGAUCUUCAGUUGGCUCAAGGUUGAUAUAUCCUCUCCUUUCUCACCCAUACUGUUUAAUUAUAUAGGACAGAUUCAUUUUACACAUAACAUAAUAGGUUUUUCCCAAAAGCUGCCAAGCUGUGUGACGGCCAAAUAUGUAAAUGUAGGGUAUACUGGUGGCCCAGCGGAUACCAUGAAACUAUGAUGUCAUGAGUUUUAAUCACCCUCUGUUGCACCACAAUUUGCAUCACUCUGCUGUGUGGAUAAAAUCUUUGAACUGAGUGUGUGUCUGCAUUCGUGUGAGCAUGGAUAUUAGCUACAUGCAAUGAAUGCACUGUACGUGUAGGUGGGACUGUGAGUGAAGGCCCAUUACUAGAUGGAUUAUUUUGGCCAGUGACUGCGAGACAUUGGAGACACACAGAUCCAAGGCAGCAUAAUGGCAGCCACCAUCAACAUCACAAUAAUUGUGUUUGUGUGUGUGUGUGUGUGUGUGUGUAUGUUUGUGUGUGUGUGUGUGUGUGUGUGUGUGUGUUAGGCGUGCAUCUAUUCAAAGCUUCUUUUGUUUGGCUUACAUUAUGAUGCUAUGAUGAAUAAUUUAUGAUAGAAAUCUCUGAAGAUUUCAUUUAAACAUGAGACAUCAGCUCCAGCACGACAGUGGGUUCUUAUCUCCGGUAUCCUUCAUUUCACUGUGCUUUGGCAGAUUGGGCUACUUCAUAAAACACUAAAUCCUGCACAUUUUCAUCCAUUUUCAUCCUUUCUUUAUAUGUCCUAUAAAGUGGAUUUGAUGGAUGCUUACUAGCCCAGUGUGGCUGACAAAGCGGAGGGCAAUUCAAUUUCAGCUUCACUCAGUUCUGCACAGUGAAAUAAUGACUAUUUUGUUCAUAGAUGUUACUGCCACCCCUCACUACAAUUAUCUUCUUACCUACAGCAAGGAAGUUUUUAAUCACUGACUGCAACUUAGUUUACACAACGUUUUAUUCAACUCCAUCACCAGUGAGGCAAAAGGCCAUUAUUAUAGACAAAAAAAUUGGUAGUUUGACAGUGGCGAUGCCAGUUUUACUUUCACACUGCGCAGUCUGUUGUGAAAGAACACUGCUCAUUUUGCACACAUAUGGCUCUUGAAAAAUAAAAGCUCAAUACAUGUACACUUCAGUAUUUGUUUUUAAGGGCUUACCGUCAAUGUUUGAAAGCACUGUAUGUUUAAUUUAUGUUUAUAUCUGGUAUAUAUAUCAUGCUAAUUUGUCAUGUAAGCCACUGUGGGUUGACAGGCAUUCAUUUAAAUUGUACUUUGUUAUGCUAUUCUUUAAAUUGUUCUUUUACAACUUCUGUCCUCUUUUUUAUAAAUAGUAAAUUUAAUUUUUUUCUUCUUCUGUUUUUAUCAAUGUU